UGUUCACACAUUCUCUUAUUCUCUUGGCCUUACUCCCUUGAUGAUAUUCUUCCCCUCCUCUUUUCAUUAACAAUCUAACUACAUCUGUAGACAGAACUCUCCUGCGGACUUCUGAACUCUCCUGCCGAUGCCUCAACUAUCUUCGGAUCUAUAUAUAUUCAUACAUGCAUAUAUGUGACGCUAAGUAGCCAAGUCGCGAACAUUUAGCAUUUAAUACUAAUAAAAUCCAAGAAUCUAAAUCUACCGAAAUUAAUUUCAUUGCCCCGCUUCGAAAUGAAAAUAUUGUUAAGGUAAUAAUCAUUGUAUUUUUAGGAAACAUUGCUAAAUUUCAAAAACACAUGUCAGAACUUGUAAAUUUACAGCAGUGAAGCAAAAUAUCAAAGAACUAUUAGGAUUUGAAAGGUUAAUUCAUGCAUCAUUAAUUAUAUCUUUUAAAAUGGAAACAUUGUUUUUAGUUUGCGUUCUUUUGUUCUCAAGUGUUAUAACACAUGCAGGAUACUUCAACAAUUGUAGCCCAGCUUUGUGUUCAGAUGGCGCAUCGGAACGUUGUUCGUGUCAACCAGACUGCUACCUCUACAAUGGAUGCUGUUCUGACAUUAUUCAUAAGACCUCUUCUAUCACAUACUACCCAACUAUGAGUUGCCGAAAAGCUGGUGAUUAUUAUGCUUAUCAGUUUGACCGUUGUCCAGAUAACCAUGAUGUUAUUGAGUAUGUUAACAACUGUGAAAAUCCUGACUCACAGGAUCAACUGCAGAUCAUUCCUGCUUUUGGUAAAACAAGUAAAAGACUCUACAGGAACCUGUAUUGUGCUCUGUGUCAUGGAGAGGAAUUCAUUCUCUGCAAUCUUUUAUAUAACUGCAACAGAAACUCUAAUGUAACCUUUGAAAAUAUAUCAAAUAAUUUCAAGGAUAGAUGUAGGCCAACAGUAGAGCUUCAAUCAUAUUUGAUCAAAUAUUUGCAUCAUUGUACACCAUAUAUUUCGAAUUGUCCUCAAGAUAACAAUAAUAAGGAACAAAUAAUGGCAUGUGAGUCUGAGCCAAUGGCAUUGAUAUAUAUGGAGUCUAGCACAGGUUACUCUGUAAAAGACAUAUAUAAAUUUCUUAAAGUUUACAAAAACAAAGGUUGUGCUAUAUGCAACGGGUUUUCCAGUGAUAUUUGUGAAGUGUAUUAUCUUGAAGUAAGUGGAAAAGAAGGAUAUGUUCCUCUAACAAUACUUUUUGAUUAUGAUACCAAUACUGUAAAAGUAAGAAAUGAAUUAGGCCAAACGGAAAAUAGACAUGUGCAGUCUGCCUCCUGUCCAAAAUACGCUAUCUACGAUUUGAGAGUUAAGAAAUGUCGACAAGUUAUCUACCAUCCUGCACUAAACUGUACGACAACAAAAUUAAAUGAAUCUGAGUAUUACGUCACUAAUGAUGAUCUUCUUUACUUAAAUAAUACCGAACGUUUGCUGAACCAAUCAGAAUUCACUCGUGAUUCUCAAGGUAUAAUAAGUAUCUGUGUAAACAAUGGUACCAAUAAUAUAUCAAAUAUCAAUGGUAUAUCAAAAUAUUCCGUAGCUGAGAUCUAUAUCACAUUAGUGGGACUCGUAAUCUCUCUUCCAGCUCUAGCAAUCACCAUUAUAGUCUAUCUCUGUAUACCUGAUCUCCGUACCUUACCAGGUAAAUUACUCAUUAGUCUUUUGUCAGCACUGUUUGUAGCUGAGCUUCUAUUUCUUAUCUCAUCACAAAUCACUAAAUCUACAGUGUUGUGUAAAUCUUUAGCUGUAGUGAUGCAUUAUUCGUUUCUAGCGACUUUCUUCUGGAUGAAUGUCAUGUCAUUUGAUGCCUGUCACACUUUCUCAGGACUCACACAAAUUCGAAGUAAAGGAAAACAUACCAAGAGAUUUGUAUUAUAUUCCUUGUAUGCUUGGAUCUGUCCACUUGUAAUAGUAACAGUAUCACUGGUAUUUGAGUAUAUUCCUGGAAAUCAUGGACUUUCCCCAGAGUAUGGAAAAGAUAUUUGCUGGAUUAAAAAUGGGAAAACUGUGCUAUGGUUUUUUUUAAUUCCUGUAAUGUUUAUUUUAUGUCUUAAUAUCAUAGCGUUUACCCUCACCGCUAGAGGGCUCUAUUUGGCACGCAAACUCUCUUCGAAAUAUUUAUCAAAACAUAAGAAAUUGGAGUUUAUCAUUUGUGUAAAACUAUUAUUUAUCAUGGGGCUAACAUGGACAUUCGCAUUUCUGUAUACGUUUACAAGAAUUGAAGAAAUUUCUCUAUUAUUUUGUAUUUUAAACUCAUUCGUUGGAUUACUUAUAUGUUUAUCGUUUCUAUCAACAAGUAUUGUUCGACGCAGUAUUUUUCAGAAUCUGCAAAAAAUUACAAAAACAUCCACAAAAGAAUCUGUUGAUGUUAAUUUCGCUCAUAAAACAACAUCAACGAAUAUAAAUCCGUAGGUGUAUCGUCAAGCUAACCAAUGUGGGUUACUCAAUAUCGUCAGUGGAAUGAAGAUGGAAAUAAUGGAUAAUAAAUUAUAUAUUAAAUCUGAAUAAAUGACAUGAUGGCUGUUACUAGAAUACCUUUGACUAUAGAUCUUCGAGACUAUGAAUCAGCUGAGGUUACCAAGUUCAACAAUUAACAACAUUCUGAACUGAAAUUCCUAAAAUGCCUAUUCG